AUGUUUAGAAAGUGUUUUUUCGAGAAAGCUGCAAAAGCUGUAAGGCAAGCCGUUGGCCUGCCGCCUCGCAUGAGUUGGUUUUUCAAAAUUUGUUCAGUUAUGGGAGCUCUUCUCCUUGUACUGGCUGUGCUUUUUGGAAUAUGGGUGUUAUACGGUUUGGGCAAGCUGAUAAUGUCGCGGAUCUGGCGGACAGGGAAGCUACGUUAUGGGGACAAAGAGCUGGCUAUACAGCAACGACUUCGUGCGCUCGACACGUUCAGAGGGAUAGCAAUUGUGUUCAUGAUUUUCGUGAAUGACGGCGCCGGUGGCUACUGGUGGCUGGAGCACGCUACUUGGAAUGGCUUGGCUGCGGGCGAUCUCGUAUUCCCCGCCUUCCUUUGGAUUAUGGGAGUCUGCAUCCCGCUGUCAGUAAAGAGUGCCUUUGCGAAGGGGAUACCAAGGUGGAAAAUUCUUCUACACAUCCUCAGGCGUUCAAUAAUGAUGUUCCUGCUCGGCGUUUCUUUGAAUACGGUCUAUGGUUCAAACAUGUUGGGCGAGCUCCGCAUAUUUGGGGUUCUACAAAGGCUCGCCGUGGCCUACUUGGUUGUGGCUGGGUUCUAUGCUCUUACUGCUCCAAAAUACUACACACCACCACGAGGGGCAUGUGGACAGGCAUUCAAAGAUGUGUUAGCUUGUGUGUGGUGCUGGGCGCUGGUUGGGGUGCUGGUGGCCGUUCAUACAGCCAUUACAUUUAUUGUUCACCACCCUGACUGCCCCGCAGGUUACCUCGGGCCCGGCGGGAAGCACGACGAGUGGGUGGCACCGGAGUGCAGCGGCGGUGCUGCUGGCUACAUCGACCGCCUGCUGUUGGGCGACGCGCAUCUCUACCAGAACAGCGACGCGCGUCGUCUCUACGGCGGUCCUCCAACCGACCCAGAGGGUUUAUUGGGUUGCGUGACGUCAGCGGUGCAGGCGCUGCUGGGCGUGCAGGCGGGCGCCACGGCGCUGCUGCAGCGCUCGCAUCGCGCGCGCGUAGCGCGCUGGCUGGCCGCCGCACUGGCCUUCGCGCUCGCCGGUGCGCUGCUCGCCGGUUGCUCGCGCGACUACGGCCUGCUGCCCAUCAACAAGAACUUGUGGUCUAUGUCAUUCGUGUUGGUCACGACGGCAUGUUCGCUGGCUUUGCUCAGCAUUUGCUACACGUUCACGGACGCGUGGCGCAUAUGGGGAGGAGAACCGUUCCGGGCCCCGGGACUUAAUGCAAUAGCCUUAUACGUCGGUCAUUCUGUCUGCGCGCAUUUGUUCCCGUUCCACUGGCGCAUUCCCCACAUGCGCACCCAUUCGGUGUAUCUUAUUGAAGCCGUUUGGGGCACAGCACUGUGGGUGAUCAUUGCCCACAUCAUGGCAAAGAAGAAAGUGUUUAUAACCCUCUGA